GGUGGGUCGUAUAAAGUCUGGGACAGGCGGGCGAAUGUGCAAAAGCUUUCCAAUUGCACGGUGUAUUUUAUUCCCUCCUCCAUAUAUUUCUACUAUUCCAAAAAAAAGGAAGUCGGCUGCACUGACGAACAGCCAAGAUGUCCAAGGGUCCAGCUGUAGGCAUUGAUCUGGGGACCACUUACUCCUGCGUAGGCGUCUUCCAACAUGGCAAGGUGGAGAUCAUUGCCAACGACCAGGGCAACCGCACCACCCCCAGCUACGUGGCCUUCACCGACACGGAGCGCCUCAUCGGCGAUGCUGCCAAGAACCAGGUGGCCAUGAAUCCCACCAACACUGUCUUCGACGCCAAGCGCCUCAUUGGCCGCCGUUACGACGAUCCUGUGGUGCACUCCGACAUGAAGCACUGGCCCUUCCACGUGAUCAACGACGGGGGUCGCCCCAAGGUGCAGGUGGAGUACAAGGGCGAGACCAAGUCCUUCUACGCGGAGGAGAUCUCCUCGAUGGUUCUCACCAAGAUGAAGGAGAUCGCCGAGGCCUACCUAGGCAAGAACAUUGCCAACGCGGUCAUUACAGUCCCGGCCUACUUCAACGACUCCCAGCGACAGGCCACCAAGGACGCGGGCACCAUCUCAGGCCUCAAUGUCCUCCGCAUCAUCAAUGAGCCCACGGCGGCGGCCAUAGCCUACGGGCUGGAUAAGAAGGUGGGCGGUGAGCGCAACGUCUUGAUCUUUGACCUGGGUGGCGGCACCUUUGAUGUCUCCAUCCUGACCAUCGAGGACGGCAUCUUCGAGGUGAAGUCAACAGCUGGGGACACGCACUUGGGGGGCGAGGAUUUUGACAACCGCAUGGUGAACCACUUUGUGUCGGAGUUCAAGCGCAAGCACAAGAAAGACAUCACGGACAACAAGCGGGCGGUCCGGCGCCUGCGCACGGCCUGUGAGCGGGCCAAGCGCACCCUCAGCUCCUCCACCCAGGCGUCCAUCGAGAUCGACUCUCUCUAUGAGGGCAUUGACUUCUACACGUCCAUCACCCGGGCCCGCUUUGAGGAGCUGAAUGCCGAUCUCUUCCGAGGGACCCUGGAGCCCGUGGAGAAAGCCUUGCGGGACGCCAAGCUGGAUAAGGCCCAGGUGCAUGACAUCGUGCUGGUUGGUGGCUCGACCCGCAUCCCCAAGAUCCAGAAGCUUCUGCAGGACUUCUUCAAUGGCAGGGAGCUCAACAAGAGCAUCAACCCGGAUGAAGCGGUGGCUUACGGAGCAGCUGUCCAGGCUGCCAUCCUGUGUGGGGACAAGUCCGAGAACGUGCAGGACCUGCUGCUUUUGGAUGUCACCCCCUUGUCCCUGGGUAUUGAGACGGCUGGUGGGGUGAUGACGGCCCUUAUCAAGCGCAACACCACCAUCCCCACCAAGCAGACCCAGACCUUCACGACUUACUCGGACAACCAGCCUGGAGUCCUCAUCCAAGUGUAUGAAGGAGAGCGUGCCAUGACCAAAGACAAUAAUUUGCUGGGCAAGUUUGAGUUGACAGGGAUCCCUCCCGCUCCUCGGGGCGUCCCCCAGAUCGAGGUGACCUUUGAUAUUGAUGCCAAUGGCAUCCUCAAUGUCUCCGCGGUGGACAAGAGCACUGGCAAGGAGAACAAGAUCACGAUCACCAACGAUAAAGGUCGGCUUAGCAAGGAGGAGAUUGAGCGCAUGGUCCAAGAGGCGGAGCAGUACAAGGCCGAGGACGAAGUCCAGCGGGAAAAGAUUGCGGCCAAGAACUCCCUGGAGUCUCUGGCCUUCAACAUGAAGAGCACGGCGGAGGAUGAGAAGCUCAAGGACAAGCUGUCCCCAGAGGAUAAGCAAAAGAUCCUGGACAAGUGCAAUGAGGUCAUUUCCUGGCUGGACAGGAACCAGAUGGCAGAAAAAGAUGAGUAUGAACACCAACAGAAGGAGCUUCAGAACAUCUGCAACCCCAUCAUAACCAAGCUCUACCAGGGGGCUGGAGGCAUGCCAGGGGGGAUGCCUGGGGGCUUCCCAGGAGCUGGAGGGGCUGGGGGUGGCUCUUCAGGACCCACCAUUGAGGAAGUGGAUUGAGAGACCUCCUUCCUCUAAACCCUGCAUUUGGGGCAGGAUACAAGUUGUCUUCAGAGCUGCCUUUGAAUUUGCUUCACCUUCUUCUGCCCCUUUUCCUCCCCAUGAGCCUUUGCACUAAUGGGGUGUUCCCUUUUCCUCUUUGCCCCCUGCUCCCCCCACACUUCCUUUUCUGCUCUUGUUACGGAGUUGGGCAUGUCUCCUUUUUUGCCAAAUUGAGACUUUUAUGUGGUCCUCACUUAAAUAAAUUAUUGCACUUUUUGUCA